ACCAUAAACUCAUAAACCACAGGAGAGGGAGCGCCGGGAGCGAAGACGUAGCGUAGAAGCCGAGACCGCCUUGACGCCGAGAAGUACCGAGAAGCUUUGCCAGCUACGCCGGCUGUGCGUGUCCCUUUUCCCCUGCCCGUUUUUUGAGUUGGCAAUGCGACAUGAUGUGUUUACGAGUCCUUCUGUUUUGUGUACGUGACAGCUAACGUUCGUGUGUGUAGCCCAAGUUACCAUGAUCGAAAUCGUGUUGUGCAUCGUCUUCGCCGCACCUGCAAAUGGAAGAGAGGUCGUGUCCGAGCACUGGACAAGCGGCUGGCUUCCGAGUAGCUUCGCCACAACUCUCUGCGGUGGCGUCGUGAUGGUCCUGUUUUUCGUCGUCGUACGAGAAAAAUUUAAGUUUUCGAAAAUCCAGUCCGACUCGCACGUCAAGAAAAAGAAAAAAAAUCCUGAUGGCAGGUCCAUCAAAAUUUUAUACGGAACCCAAACCGGGAAUGCAAAGAUUCUGUCCGAAAAACUGUUGGCAGAAUUGGAGGCGCUCAAUCACGAUGUCGAGAUUGUCAACUUGAAACACAUCGAGCCUGAAGAAUGCCUCCUAGGGCAGGUGAAGUCAAAGGGCCUGUGCAUCUUCAUCGUGUCCACAUACGUGGACGGAGGACCACCGGACGAGGCUGUAUGGUUUUACGACUGGCUCAAGGACACAUACGCAGACUUUAGGGUCCACAAGUACUUCCUCCAGGGGCUCGACUACGCAAUCUACGGGCUUGGGGACUCUGCGUUCAAUGAGAAUUAUAACAAAGUUGCAAGAGACAUAGACUUUUGGCUGUCCAAGCUGCACGCUCGUCGGGUGGUGCCCCUGUGCCUCAAUGAUGAGAGUGUGGACGAAGGCAAAUACGGUACUGGCAAGUUUGGAGCAUGGAAGGGCCAACUCCUUGCCCAGCUGAGAUUAGGUGCCAAGGGUGCUACCCAGUUCGAUGCACCAGAGGAGAAGCCGACGGCCUACGAGACGUCGAGCGACGAAGAAGGGGGCGGCGACCUGAUUGACCUCGAAGACCUAGGCACCGUCAGGAUUGCCAGUAAAAAUAAGGCCAAGGCAGAGGGCGCUGCCGGGCAACCCAAGGACAUGCUGACCCCGCCCGUGCGGGAGUCGCUGACCAAGCAGGGCUACAAGCUCAUUGGCAGCCAUUCAGGCGUCAAGCUGUGUCGCUGGACCAAGGCCAUGCUACGUGGCCGGGGGGGCUGCUACAAGCACACCUUCUACGGCAUCGACAGCCACCGCUGCAUGGAGGCCACCCCGAGCCUGGCCUGUGCCAACAAGUGCGUCUUCUGCUGGAGGCAUCACACGAAUCCCGUGGGCACUGAGUGGAAGUGGAACAUGGACCCUCCCGAGAUGAUCCUCGAUGCUGCACUGGAAAGCCACUACAAGAUGAUCAAGGAGUUCAAGGGUGUGCCGGGGGUGCUGAGGGAGCGCCUGGCGGAGGGCCUGGCAGUGAGGCACUGUGCCUUGUCCCUGGUUGGGGAGCCCAUCAUGUACCCGGAAAUCGGGCGCCUGGUGCGACUGCUGCACGCCCGGCGAGUGUCCACCUUCCUGGUGACCAACGCCCAGUUCCCAGAGGCCCUUGAGGCCCUGGGGCCGGUCACUCAGCUGUACGUGUCCGUGGACGCCAGCAGCCGGGAGGCCCUGAAGAGGAUCGACCGGCCGCUCUUCCCGGACUUCUGGCAGCGCUUCCAGGAUAGCCUCAUCGCCCUGGCCCGGAAGGGCCAGAGGACGGUGUACAGGCUAACCCUCGUAAAAGAGUGGAACAUGGAAGAGAUGCAGGGGUAUGCCAACCUGGUAGAGCUGGGCAAACCGGACUUCAUUGAAGUUAAGGGUGUGACGUUCUGCGGGGAGUCCAAGGGCAGCAGCCUGACGAUGGGCAACAUCCCCUGGCACGAGGAGGUGCUGUCGUUUGUGGAGCGCCUGGCGGCACUCCUGCCCGACUACAGCAUUGCCUCAGAGCACGAGCACUCCAACUGCGUGCUGCUGGCACACCACAAGUUCCGCGUGGACGGCGUGUGGCACACGUGGAUCGACUACGAGAGGUUCCACGAGCUGGUACAGAGGCACUACGAGAGCGGGGAGCCCUUCGGGUCCCUGGACUAUGCGGCGCCCUUGCCCCCCUGGGCCACCUUCGGGGCCCGUGAGAGGGGCUUCGACCCCAGCGACACCCGGAUGCUCAGGCGCAGCAGGAAGGACGUGGGCGGCUGCUAGCCGGCGGCUCCCGUGCCCGUCCUGAGGCGGAACGCCGGCAUUUUCCGGCGUCUGGAUGGCGGACGCAGCAGCAGCCCACUCUGCUGCUGGUCGUUUUGACAGUCAAUUGAAACCAGUGCAGACGCACUGGUUUCCGUUGACGCUGCGACGACGGUGACCCUCGCGUCCGCUCUCCUUUUUCGCCGGCACCUCCGUUACCAACCGCCGAGAUCGUUACAUGCCGGUUAUUGCGACGUUCGGGAUCGUUUUGAGACACAUUAAUAAGUGACCUUAAAAGUCUUCUUUUUUUUCUUGCUGAGACAGAGGUUAUUGAUUUGUGUAGCCCUUGUACCUGCAGAAGUUGUCCCACCCACCUUUUUUUUUUUUUUAGACCAAAAAUGUUCAUAAACUUAGCCAUGACAGUGGGAGGGAAGUUGCCAAAGAAAUAGUUGUGCCUGUGUUGUGGGCACAACCUGGUCAUCGUUAGUCUGCCUUCGUCAUUGGUUUUUAUAACGAGCAGCCUACUAUGGAAUUGUGUUGUCAAAAAUCAUCGAUCACCGAAAACGUUUACAUCAGGUUAUGUGCAUUCAUUUCAAGUCUUUAGACUUGCGGAAUGACGUUGACGGGGGAGAACGCUAAUGACUCUGGUGACCUGGUGAAUUUUUUAUUAUGCAGGUAAACCUGAGACUGUAAAAAUUAAAAAAAAAAGGGACAAACUUUUUUCAGGUUUUUAAAUGCAAUGAUUUUCACAUUUUGCACAUUAUGGCAAAUGAAGCCGAAUGGUUUUCAUAGUUGCUAGUGCCUUGAAUUGCAAGAUGGCUGCUGCUUUUUAUUCUGGAUCAUGGUCAUCUCAACUCAAUUGCUGUGUGUGUUUUUCUUCCCCCGAGUGUUACGUUAGUUUCAUUGGUAGUUAACCUUACAAAGGCUUGUGUUGUUAAUUCUGUGUCACUUGUCAAAGUCUUUCUUUUAGAGGCUUUGAUUGUUCUCUGCCAAAUAUAAUUUGUUUACAAAUAUUUUCUAAAGUGUUUCAUCUUUCAAAUGCUGUCAUGUGUAAAAUUGUCAUAAAGUGUGGUACAUAGUCAUUGAUUGGAUGGGGAGCACAUGGCAGGAAUAAACUACUGUCUCACAAUAA